CUUUAUUACUUCCCUCACGCACUCUCAAGAGUCAACACUGCCAUGGCCUCGAACACACGUCUCCAAAUCAUUAUCUUCACCAUCUCCCUAUGCAACCUCUCUCUGAUGUCCUCUUCUUCAUGGAGGUCCCUAGAUACACAGACAGAUUACAGAAAAUGGGUGUCAUGGAACGUUGAAAACUAUCGAAAGAAGACUGCCCUCCAACCACAAUCCAUCAAUGAAACGCCCAGUGGUGGUGGGGGGAAAGCCCUGGACAUAAAGUUGAGCAAGGCUGAGAUGAACAAGGUGACAAUGACUGUUAGCCAAGAUGGCACUGCCGAUUACACCACUAUCUCUGACGCCCUUCACACCAUUCCACUGUACAACACUAGAAGAGUGAUACUUGUGAUAAAGCCUGGUGUUUAUAGGGAAAAGGUCACCGUCCCUAGAGCUUUGCCCUUUGUUACAUUUCUAGGGGAUGCUAGUGACCCGCCUACGAUUACUGGAAACGACACUGCGUCGGUCAUUGGAAGAAAUGGGGUGCCACUGAAGACCUUCCAGAGUGCAACUGUCGGAGUCGAUGCAAACUAUUUUGUGGCCAUCAACAUCAAAUUUGAGAACACAGCUCCCCAUGUGAUUGGAUCGGCCGGAGGCCAAGCAGUGGCACUUCGCAUCUCAGGGACAAAGGCUGCAUUUUAUAACUGUAGUUUUUAUGGCUCUCAAGACACUCUUUAUGACCACACGGGCCUUCACUAUUUCAACAAUUGCUUCAUCCAAGGCUCUGUUGACUUCAUUUUUGGCUAUGGCAGGUCCCUCUAUGAGAACUGCAGUUUAAACUCAGUAGCCAAGAAAGUGGCAUCCCUCACGGCCCAAAAGCGCAGCACUUCCUCGAUGGCAAGUGGGUUUUCCUUCAAAGACUGUGUGGUAACAGGGAGUGGCACGGUUUACCUUGGAAGAGCUUGGGGUGAUUACUCGAGGGUUGUCUUCUCUUACACAUUCAUGGACAAGCUUGUCCUUCCCCAAGGAUGGAGUGAUUGGGGCAAGAAAAAGCUGGACUCGAGAGUGUAUUAUGGAGAGUAUAAGUGCAGUGGACCGGGAGCCAACUUGACGGCAAGAGUGCCAUGGGCACAUAUGAUGACAGAUGAAGAGGCUGAGCCUUUUCUAGCGACUCACUAUGUGGAUGGAGAUACCUGGCUCAUUAGUCCAUAAGAAACUUCAGUUUCGAUUAUUGUUUGCCAUUACCAUUGCCUGCAAAUUUAGGCAAGGUCCAUGAAUUCUAAGCGUUCUACAUCGAUCCAUA